AUGUUAGAACUUGGAGAGACUUCGGUGGCAUUUGAACCGGAAACUCUUCAAAAUGGUCAGUCGGGUAACGUUACGCAAAACUUCUUCGACGAUGUUAACCUGAAGAUUUGCACUGUUCGAAAUAAUGGCUCAUUGGGAAUAACUGCAAAAUCGUUAGCUGUUAAUGAUGUUAUAUCUGCACGGACGAAAGAUCGAGGGCCUCCUGGUUUGAUGAAACUUUCCCCAAAUGGAAAACUAGCUAUCCUUCAGCGGCAGAUUAAUUCGGUGGAUAUUGUGCUGUUAGAGAAAACCGACGGCACGACGGCUGUUGAAUUCAAUGUUGCAACCAAAUCUCGAGAUAUGAUACUUAGCGUAGAUUGGAUAAGCAAUAAUCAGAUUCUGUUUGUAACGAAGCAGUCACUGGAAUUGUUUGGUUUAAAUGAAGAAAAAAGGACAGGUAAAGUGCUGCGGACGUCAAAUGUAUCAGCUUCUUGGUCUAUAUAUUACGUGAGUUUGCAAGAUCUUAGGUGUUAA